AUGAGAAUUUUUACUGGUGGAACAGACUGCAGUGCAGCCUCUUUUGAAGAAUAUCAAGCAUUUGGUUUCUUCCAGGAGCAAGUUAAAAUGGUGUUGAGGCUUGUCGUACUUUUGUUCCUACUGGGCCUUGUACGAGGUGAAUACAUCAUUCAUAUCCUUUAUAACGUAAUGGACCUUAUCACGGCUUUCGACGCCAUCUUGACGGAUAGACAAAGGGAUGCAUCAACCUCAGCUCCUCCACCGCAGUCAAUUAGAGCAGCAUUACUACUGCAACUUAUUGUUUCAGUUCCGAGGCCAGGCUGUUCCUUGUCAAGUCAACCGGAAUGCUCGCUGAAAUUCAAGGGGGUUGGUUGUUUUAAAGACAAAGCUGACUCAAGGGCGUUUCCUGAACUUCUUCUUACAGCAAGAGAUCCCAAGUCAAAGGUUUACUUUGGAGAGAGAAUAAAUUGGAAAGAUUGGGCAAACUUCACUGACAGGUUUACUUGCGAGUGCGCAGCAAAGGCAGAACAAAAGAACUUCGACUAUUUUGGCACCCAGAACUAUGGAGAGUGUUGGGGCGAAAUGAAUGCUGAUUAUAGUGUACACGGUCCGUCUGGGAGAUGCACAAUGGUUAAAAAAGAUGAUUUUGUUUUCGAGGCUUGUGAUGAGAAGCGCAACGACUCCCGACUAUGCGUUGGAGGCCCACUGGCUCUGUAUGUCUACAAAAUUAAACAUAAACCACCAUCAACUAUGCCACCAUCGACUAAACAACCUACCACGGCACCAUCAACCAUGCCACCUUCAACAAAACCACCAACCAAGGAACCAUCAACCAUGCCACCUACGACAAAACCACCUACUAAGGAACCAUCAACCAUGUCACCUUCAACAAAACCAUCUACCAAGGAAGCAUCAACCAUGUCACCUUCAACAAAACCAUCCACCAAGGAACCAUCAACCAUGUUGCCUUCAACAAAACUACAUACCAAGGAACCAUCAACUAUGCCGCCUACGACCAAACCACUUACCAAGGAACCAUCACCUAUGCCACCUUCAACCAAACCACCUACCAAGGAGCCAUCAACUAUGCCGCCUUCAACAAAACCACCUACCGAGGGUAAAUUAACUGAAUUUGUUUUUCUAUUUCACCUAGAAUUGAUUUUGGACGCUGCGAGAUACUUUCUAAAACAUUCUUUUUUUGCUAACAAGACCAUCAAUUAUGUCACCCUCAACGCAGCCACCAACCCAGGGACCAUCAACUAUGCCAGCCACAACCCAGCCUCCAACCAAGGCACCAUCAACUAUGGCACCCACAACGCAACCUCCAACCAAGACACCAUCAACUAUGCAACCAACAACCCAGCCACCAACCAAGGCACCAUUAACUAUGCCACCCACAAGCCAGCCUCCAACAAAGGAAACAACAACACUGCCAACAUCGACAACGCCGCCUUUUAAGGAAACGCCUACUGGGCCAGCUACAACACAGUCACCUACAACAGAGUCACCUACAAUAGCAGGACCACCACCGUCGCCUCCACCAGUGGCCACU